AGAGGCAGUGGGCGGGAGCUUAAAAGAGAAAGUGAAAGUCACCAGCAGGAACAUGAAGGAAGGAUGAUGAGGCUGAAAUGACUGAGGUUUAAGAAGAAGUCCUGAGAACCUGACUGACGUUUUUGCUCCAGCCAUAUCAGUGUCCAACACUCACAUCAGGUGGUCCUUAGUCGCUCCCUGUGUUUGGGAUGUGACUGAGUGAUUUCAGUACUACCUGUCAACCUGUCUCCCCAUUUAGCCUUUUUUUAAAUUUUUUAAUCAGUGGUUGAAGGACACUUCCCCCACAAUGGUCUUGGUAAGGCUGUUAGCGCUGUCUCUAUUUCAUGUGUGUCUAGUUGGGUGUCAGCCCAACAGUUCACAACAGGCGUCAAGCCCUCCAGGAGAACAAUCUCCUUUGGGUACCGAUAAACUGUCCUUCCCCUGGAGCCGUCUUCGCCUGCCAAGGUACAUCAUUCCUCUUCACUAUCGCCUCCUCCUGCACCCCAACCUCACCAGUCUCAGUUUCACUGGCUCAGUGCAGAUCCAGAUUGAUGUCCAGAACAAUACAAACUGGGUUGUAUUACACAGCAAGGGUCUACAGAUCUUCAAUGCCACCAUACUGAACCAGAACCUCGCUCAUCUGUCUGACCAGGUUCUUCCAGUUCUUCAUAAUCCUUCACAUGAGCAGAUUGGCAUUUUCUCUCCCAGGGUGCUCAGCAGUGGGCAAAAGUAUUUUCUGUAUAUUGAGUUUGGGGCAGAACUAGUAGAAGGCUUCUACGGCUUCUAUAAGAGCACCUACAAAACCAGCACAGGAGAGACCAGAACCUUGGCUUCAACUCACUUUGAGCCCACGAGUGCUCGGAUGGCAUUCCCUUGCUUUGAUGAGCCAAUCUUCAAAGCCAACUUCUCUUUGCGGAUCAGGAGGAGCCAGGAAUACAUUUCUCUCUCCAACAUGCCAAUAGUCAAGACAGUUGAAGUAAACAAUGACCUGCUCGAGGACCGGUUUGCUGCGAGCGUGAAGAUGAGCACCUACCUUGUAGCGUUUGUCAUCUGUGAUUUCAAAUCGGUCACUGCAACAACAUCCUCUGGAGUGCAGGUGUCCAUCUAUGCAGCCCCUGAGAAGUGGUCUCAGACCCACUAUGCCCUGGAGGUUGCCGUCAAAAUGCUGGACUUUUACGAGGAGUACUUCAACAUCCGCUAUCCUCUACCCAAACAAGAUCUGAUUGCCAUCCCAGACUUCCAGGCCGGUGCGAUGGAGAACUGGGGUCUGACCACCUACAGAGAGACCAGCCUUCUCUUUGACCCCCUCACAUCCUCUGUUUCCGAUAAACUCUGGGUUACUAUGGUGAUCGGCCAUGAGCUUGCCCAUCAGUGGUUUGGUAACUUGGUGACCAUGGAGUGGUGGAAUGAUAUCUGGCUGAAUGAAGGAUUUGCCAGAUACAUGGAGUACAUUUCAGUGGAGGCCACCUACCCUGACCUCAAAGUGGAGGAAUAUCUACUGCACACCUGCUUUGCAGCAGUUGGUCAUGAUUCGCUGAACUCCUCUCGUCCAAUAUCCAGUCCAGCAGAGAACCCCACUCAGAUCAAAGAGAUGUUUGACACAGUCUCCUAUGACAAAGGAGCAUGUGUCCUGCACAUGCUGCGACACUUUCUGACAGAUGAUGUGUUUCAGAGUGGGAUAGUGCGAUACCUCCGCAAAUACAGCUUCAAAAAUGCACGCAACCAGGACCUAUGGGACAGUCUAGCCAACACAUGCUCAGAGGAGGACUUCAUCUCAGGAAAACACUGUUACAGCAGUGGCCAGGCCACCAAGAAUGCAUACCUUUUUGCAGGGGAACAUCUCGAUCUGACAGCCAUGAUGAACACUUGGACUCUGCAGAAAGGUAUUCCUCUGGUAACUGUAACAAGGAAGGGGCCUCGUCUGCUGCUUAGACAGGACAGGUUCCUGAGGACAGUCCUGCCGUCUGACCCUCUCUGGCCCACGUUGCAGAAAGGUUUCCUUUGGCAUAUCCCUCUGACAUACAAGACCGAUGCAUCAAGCACCAUUCACAGACACCUGAUGACCACACACACAGACAGUAUCCACAUAGGAGAGGAAAUCAACUGGGUGAAGGUAAACACUGACAUGACUGGCUAUUAUGUGGUGCAUUAUGAGGAUGAUGGCUGGGAUGAGAUGACCAAACUGCUGAGGGAAAACCACACUGCUCUGAGCUACAAAGAUAGGACUCACUUGAUACACAAUGCUUUUCAACUGGUCACGGCAGGUCACCUGCCGAUCAAUAAAGCCUUAGACCUGAUUGGUUAUCUGCAAUAUGAGACACACACAGUGCCUCUCAUUGAAGGACUGGGCUAUCUGGAGACCUUCUACCGGGUGAUUGAGAAAAGGAAUGAGCCUGAGCUCACGCACAACCUGGGGAUGUACAUCCUGCGAUUCUUCCGUGCUGUCAUUGACCAGCAGACAUGGAGUGACAGCGGCUCUGUAUCAGAGCGACGGCUGAGGUCAGAGGUCAUCUCUCUGGCUUGUCACCUGGAUGACCCUCCCUGCCUGGAGCAGGCACAUCAGAGCUUCAAAGACUGGCUUCAGUCCAAUGGAACACUCAAUUUACCCACUGAUGUGGCAGAGACAGUGUAUUCAGUUGGAGCACAGGAUGACCAUGGCUGGACCUCACUCUUACACACAUACAACGUCUCCCUCUCUGCAGCACAAAAGUACAAAAUCCUGUUUGCCUUGACCUGCAGCAGAGACACCAGCAAACUGGAGAGACUGCUGGAGCUGGGCCUGGAAGGGACGGUGAUUCGAUCACAGGACCUGUCUAGUCUCAUCCUGAUGGUGGCUAGGAACCCACGGGGACAUCACCUUGCCUGGAGCUUUGUCAAAAAGAACUGGGACACACUGGUUAAGAAGUUCCAGUUGGGCUCAUUUUGCAUUCGAAACAUCCUCAUUGGCACCACAGGCCAGUUUUCUUCACCAGAGGAACUCGCUGAGGUGCGAUUGUUCUUUGAGUCCAUCAAAGAACAGACAUCUCAGCUGAGAGCUACUCAGAUUGCCCUGGACAACAUACAGAAAAAUGUUCGGUGGAUUCAGAGGAACCUAGAGACUCUGAGAAAUUGGGUGAAUGAGCAAAUGAAGUGAAGGACAGCUGAAAGAGAGGUUGUGGUUGACAGAUGCCACAGAAUGGAUAUUUGAGGGUGUUUUUUAAUUUCUAAGUGUGUUUUUAUUUGGAAAUUGUAAUGUUCUUGACAUCACUGGAGAGUUGACAGUUUUGUGUAUAAAAAGCGUUUUGUUAAUUUUGAGGGGACUAAUUUGUUAAGAAAAAAAUUUAAUUAGUAAAACUGGCAGCUGAUCAGUAGCAGUCUGUUUGUGAUGAAUCGUGCGUGUACCAUGAAUUGUGUGUGUGUGUGUGUGUGUGUGUGUGUGUGUGUGUGUGUGUGUGUGUGUGUGUGUGUGAGAGAGAGAGAGAGAGCGAUCCAUUCCGAUUUAACACAAAUUCUCUGUAAAUUGAUUCUUCACCAAAUGCACAA